GAACGCCCAUUUUGCUAUACUGUCCGGGCAUCGAAGUGUGUUGAAAUAUCAACAGACAGAAGAGGACAAAGAGCUGCAAUGGACGGUGAUGUUGCGGUUGGUGUAAAGAGAGGCUCAGAUGAGCUCACCAUGUACGGUAGCAGCCCCAACUCUGUGACCGCAAACGGCAGUGAUAGUAAGAAGCAGCGUCUGGAUGAGUCACCUCCCUCCAGAGUUCUUCACAUCAGGAAACUUCCCAGUGAGGUUUCAGAGACAGAAGUCAUCGCUCUGGGGUUGCCUUUUGGAAAAGUCACUAAUAUACUGAUGCUGAAAGGGAAAAACCAGGCUUUUUUGGAGCUUAGUACAGAGGAAGCAGCCAUUACAAUGGUGAACUACUACACAGCUGUCACACCACAGGUCAGAAACACUCCUGUAUUUAUCCAGUAUUCCAACCAUAAGGAACUGAAAACAGACUCUGCUCUAAAUCAGAGGGCCCAGGCAGUUCUUCAGGCAGUGUCUGCAGUUCAGGAUGGAAGCUCUCCCUCCUCUGACCCUGGAGUUUUGGAUCUGGCUCCUCCUCCCAGCCCUGUUUUGCGCAUUAUAAUUGACAACAUGUUUUAUCCUGUGACACUGGAUGUCCUACAACAGAUCUUCAGUAAGUUUGGGACUGUGAUGAAGAUAAUAACCUUCACCAAGAACAACCAGUUUCAGGCUCUUCUCCAAUUCAGUGACCCUGUCAAUGCACAGCAAGCUAAACUGUCUUUGGAUGGACAGAACAUCUAUAAUUCCUGUUGUACUCUGCGAAUAGACUUCAGUAAACUGGUCAACCUUAAUGUCAAGUACAACAAUGAUAAGAGUCGAGAUUAUACCAGACCUGACCUACCAACUGGAGACGGAGACACAACCAGCAAAGACCAUUCUUUACUGGGUACCCCAUCUGGAGCGCUAGCUUCCUACUCUAGUGGAGGAGGUUACUCAUCUUCACUCUCCCUCUCACAGGGUGGAGGAGCCAUUAGUCCUCUGAGUGCUGCAGCGGCAGCGGCAGCAGCUGCUGGUCGUGUUGCUCUGUCUGGUUCUGGAGUGUCGGGAGUCUUAUUGGCAUCCAACCUAAAUGAAGAGAUGGUCACGCCUCAAAGUCUCUUUACCCUCUUCGGAGUCUAUGGUGAUGUCCAGAGGGUAAAGAUCCUCUACAACAAAAAAGACAGUGCCCUGAUCCAGCUGUCUGAUGGCAACCAGGCUCAGCUGGCCAUGAGCCAUUUGAAUGGUCAAAAGGUGUUUGGUAAAGUGAUGAGAGUGACACUGUCCAAACAUCAAACUGUGGCUUUGCCCAGAGAAGGACUGGAUGACCAGCUACUAACUAAAGAUUUUUCUGGGUCACCGCUCCAUCGUUUUAAGAAGCCAGGAUCUAAGAAUUUCCAGAAUAUCUUUCCUCCCUCUGCUACUCUUCACCUUUCAAAUAUCAGGGAUGCAGUUGGAGAGGAUGAUCUUCGUCUACUGUUCUCCAACAGCGGAGGAACUGUCAAGGCCUUCAAGUUCUUCCAGGACCGUAAGAUGGCCUUGAUCCAGAUGUCGUCAGUAGAGGAGGCGAUCCAGGCUCUGAUGGAUCUUCACAACUAUGACAUGGGAGGGAAUCACCACUUGAAAGUUUCCUUCUCAAAGUCUACCAUCUAACAUCAGUGAUUUUCCAAACCUUAAGAUCUCUGAUGAGUGAGGAAGUCACUCCCACUGUCCUGUUUUCAUCACCUCCUGUUUUCUGUUUCCACAGAAAUGUGCUUUAGUGUCCAAAGUCUGAAAUUCAAAAUGAUAAAUCAUCAGUUUUCAGUGAAAAUACUGACAAAAUUCAAAUUCCUUCAAUUGUUUUGACCAGAAAACGUGGUUUAUACCUCAGUCUGUGCCCAGAGACGUUUGCUACGUUUACAGGUUUCCUGCUUUGACCCAUGGUGAAGUCUUAAAGCAGUAGAUUUUAGUUGGAACAUUAACAUUGUUAAGUGCAUGUUUCUUUUGUGUUUUUGUACUGCACCAAAUAUCACCUUUCACUGUGGCAGCACUGGGUUUCUGUUGAUGUUUGAGUCCUGAUUUUUUUUCUUUUUUUUUUAUUCAUUACCAUAGAGUAAAGAUGGACAGCUAUCUAAAGUAAAGCCAAAGUAUCCUGAUCACCCCCUGGUGGUAAGUAGCAGUAUAGGUCAUAGGCAGCAUCCCCUGUUAGUCAAUGGGACAUGGGCAAACUACAUGUCCACUAAAUGUUACUAAGAUUUUGAUUUGGGUGUGUUAGCGAUAUUUCAUCAGGCCUAUUUUGGUUAAAUUUGUCAGCUUUCAAGGGAUGCACCAAUAUACCGACUGUUGUUUAGUCAAACAAU